AUGAAAGAAAUAGCAGUGCAAAAUAGUAGAAACAUAAAAUUUGAACACUCGAAUAAAAAUGAGAAUAUAACAACAUCAUCAGAUGAAAAUCAUGAAAACAAAAUAAUUAAGAAUAUUAAUAAUUACAAGGAAUUGAAGUCUUCAUAUUCGCUCCGUACAGCUUCCUCUACAAUGUCAAAGAAAAGUUCAAGAAGAGAAACGAAAAAGAAAAAUAAAAAAAGUACAAAGAAUGAAGAAGAUAAUAAUUAUGGAGGUCAUGGUAAUGAAAAAAUAAAUGAUCAUGAAUACAGUAACCGUAACAACGAUCAGCAUGGGGUUCAUGAUUAUGGUAAUGUUCAUAAGGACAAUCAUAAUUUAGAUGCACAGAAGAUCGAACUCAAAUCAAACUCACUAAAACAAGCCCACAUAGAGGAAAUAAUACCUUCUGUUAAUAAUGAAAAUAUAAAUUAUAAUGAAAAAAUAGACAGAGAAAAAAAUAACGACUUAAUAAGUAAUAAUAACAAUGGUAGUAAAUUAAAAAAAAAAUUAAAUGUUGAAGAUGAGAAUUUGAAUAUAUUAGGUUGCCAUAAGAUGAAAUCUUUUAAGCAUAGUAAAAGUAGCCCAAGAAGUAAGGUAACAAACAACUAUAAAAGCAAAACAUUUAUUGAUGGAAAAGUAAAAGUUACAGAAAGUGCAAUAGAUGUACCAAAUAUUGGAAAUAAUGCACACAUUGAAAAAGGGGGAAAAAACUAUGCUAUGUGCUCCUUUAGCAAACGGGAUGAACUUGACAUAAAGGAACAAGAUAUUCUACUUCAGUAUGAAAAGUAUAAACGUGAAAAAGAACGAAAAAAAAAAAAAAAAAAAAAAAAAAUGAAAUUCAAAUUGUUUAGAAAAAGUGUUUUAUACUCAAAUAAUAUAUGUCCAGAUAUGGUAAAUAUACUCAACCAAACAAAACUAAACCUGAGUUUCUACCAAAGGGAGGUAGACGACUUUUUAAAUGUCAUAAGGAAUCUUCAAAAUAUAGUUUUAAUAGAGCGAGAAAAGUAUAGCGAGUUAAAAGAAAUGUUAAAAUACACAACUGAAGAGAUAGAAAAGGAAAACAAUAAAUUAUAUGAAGAAUUAAAUAUGUUUAAAUACAAGUAUAAUAAAUUAAGAAGUUUCAUAUCAAAUAUUGGUUAUGGUAUCUUUUUUAAUUUGGAAAAGAAGGAAAGAAAUAGCUAUAAUUGUGGUAAUAAUGACAAUAAUAAUGACAACAAUAAUGACAAUAUUAAUGGGAACAUUAAUAAUAAUAAUCAUGAGAUUUAUAACUACAAUAAUAAAAAUAAUAGUAAUAAUAAGGCAUAUUUGAAUCUUGAACAAUUGUGUACAAAUGAACGAAAUGCAGAAAUGAGUGAACAUGAUUAUGUAAUGGUUAAUAAGAAAUAUAAUUGUUCUAACGGUUGUUAUAAUAAUAAAUACGUUAUAAGGGGUAGGAAGGGUAAUAAUUCUUCUUUAUUGAAGUAUUUAGACUUUUAA